UAUAAAUUUAUAUUGUGAUCAUCUAGGGAAUUCUGGGAACUCAUUUAUUAUGUCGUUUUCUGUCAAUUUGUGAAAUUUUCAAAAACAACAACGAGAUAAAGUUAUUUUAUAGAUUCUAUAAGAAUAGUGUUAGAUUGAAAUAUGACGCUUAAAUUAUUAUUUAUCUGUAAUAAUAAUUGUACAAUGCAGCAUGGAAAAUAUAUGCAGGGUUGGAUCGUUGAUGAGUACUGAGUGAGCACACUAGAAGACCAUGAAAUCAGUGCCGUAAACAUCGUGAACGUAAAUACACGGUGUGCGUUCUGUGUAUACGUGUUACGUUACAGACGUCUUCUAAACCGUGUAGAAUUUUCAUGAUUCUUAUCGGAGAAUAUUCAUCUGGCUUUAUAUUUAUAUGAGUCAUUAUUUUAAGUCAAGUUAAUUGAAAGGACGAUAGCCGAAGGUAGGUUAUAAUCAAGAGGUACGAUAUUGACAGUGCUAAGAAUAUCAAGAAGUAGUAAGUUUUCGUUGGGUGUGUGAACCUUCGAAGUUAUUCAAGCUAUCGUAUCGUGAACAUUGAAGUUCGAGAAGUUUAAAGAAAAAGGCGCACUAUCUACGAAACCAUCGGGCGUUGUACUGCUCUAGGGGUAACACGGUGGGUGCAUAGCUGCGCGGUAUGAAAAAAUGAUGUGAUCGAUGGUCAUCAUGGCGGCACCCAUGCUGAAGUGGAAGCGGAUCACAAAUCCAUCCGGACCCCAGCCAAGACCCAGACAUGGACACAGGGCAGUUGCUCUUAAGGAUCUUAUGGUCGUUUUCGGCGGUGGAAAUGAGGGCAUUGUCGACGAGCUUCAUGUGUAUAACACGACAACUAAUCAAUGGUUUGUACCAUCGACAAAAGGUGAUAUUCCACCUGGCUGUGCUGCAUAUGGAUUUGUUGUUGAUGGAAGCCGUAUUUUGGUCUUUGGUGGCAUGGUUGAAUAUGGAAAGUAUUCAGACGAGCUUUAUGAACUUCAAGCUGUUAGAUGGGAAUGGAAAAAAUUGAGACCCAGACCACCAGAAAAUGACCCACCACCAUGUCCUAGAUUAGGACAUAGUUUCACUCUUAUUGGUAACAGAGUCUUUCUUUUUGGAGGAUUGGCCAAUGAUAGUGAAGAUCACAAGAACAAUAUACCAAGAUAUUUAAAUGACCUAUAUACUCUUGAACUACUUCCCAAUGGAGGGACAGUUUGGGAUGUACCACAAACACAUGGACAUGCUCCACCACCUAGAGAGUCUCAUACUGGAGUAUCUUAUACUGAUAGUAAGACAGGAAAAACCUGUUUAGUGAUUUAUGGUGGUAUGAGUGGUUGUCGUUUGGGUGAUUUAUGGUAUCUUGAUGUUGAUUCAAUGACUUGGCACAAGCCUGUGGUUCAUGGACCUAUUCCGUUACCCCGUUCUCUUCAUACUGCCACUUUAAUUGGUCAUCGAAUGUACGUUUUCGGAGGAUGGGUGCCACUCGUUGUCGACGAUGUUAAAGUUGCAACGCACGAAAAAGAAUGGAAAUGCACAAACACAUUGGCUUGUUUAAAUAUAGAAACUUGGACAUGGGAACAGUUAACAGUUGAUACAUUGGAAGAAAAUGUUCCUCGCGCACGUGCUGGUCACUGCGCGAUUGGAAUGCAUAAUAAACUUUAUGUGUGGUCUGGUCGAGAUGGAUAUCGCAAAGCUUGGAACAAUCAGGUUAGGGUUUGUUGUAAAGAUUUAUGGUAUCUAGAAGUCGGUAAACCAUCUGCACCAUCAAAAUUGAACUUAGUUAGGGCUAGUUUACAAGCAUUGGAAAUUCAGUGGACACCAGUACCAUCUGCACAAUACUACAUAUUGCAAAUACAGAAAUGUAAACCUUCAGCGACAACUGGAACAUUUCCUACAGUCAGCACUCCAGCAAGCACUGCAACACCUACCACGACAUCAGCAAUGGUUACUCUUGCAACUGAUUCUGCUACAUCUUCACCUGUUACUGCUGCUCCUGAGCUUCCACAAACUCCAACCACUAUUAGACCGUCCAUACCUCCACAGACUCCGGUCCGAGUUCAGUCAACUGUACAAAGCCCAGUUCAGAAACCAGUACCAUCACAAAGCGUAACAAAACCAUCGAGUCCAUUGACACCGAGAGUAGCCGGGAAUCUUAUCAGAAUUCGUUCUCCUUUAGUUACAACAACGCCAACAGCAACCACUGCUACUGAACAAACUCCAACUGCUAAUACUACUACAGUGGCAGGCCAAACACCAGCUGCUAUGUCAGGAAUUGCUGCCUUAGCAGCAGCAGCUGCUGCUACUCCAAAAAUAAGCAUGAACAAUGUACCAAUUCUUCCACAAACUACAGCUAACACAAUCAGGAUGAAAAAUGUACAACCUGGUCAACAAAUACGUUUCGCUGCACCCGGAGCAACGGUAUUGAGAACUGCUUCACCACAACAAAGUAAACAAAUUAUUUUACAAAAACCGGGUCAGAAUAUAUCUGGUCAACCGCAGAUUGUACAUCUUCUUAAAACAGCACAGGCAAUGGUAGCAACAGUGCCUAAAGUGAGCCUUAUCCCAGGAAAGACUGUUCAAGCAACAGGUGCAAAGCCAUUGAAUCAGGGAGCAAAAAUACUAAGAUUAGUAAAUCCGAACACUGUACAGGGCUCUAAAAUUCUUACAACUAUGAAAACAUCUAAUAUUGUUGCAAUGAGUAAAGGGCAAAAUAUUAGUGGUAAACAAACAAUAAUGAUUACCAAACCCGGUGGUAAUGGAGGAUUAGUUGGCCGUAAUCAAAUAAUAGUAGUCACAACGGGAUCUAAUUUAAGAACUAUACAAGCCGUUACUACGUCUCAAGCUGGCAGUGGGCAAACGGCAAAUAUCACAACACCUGUGAAUGUUUUACCUUUAUCAGCUACUAAUCACGUAACGAAUCAACAAGGGGUAAAAAUGAUUGUUGUUUCGUCCGGAGCAAUGGGAGGUGGAACUACCGGAAAACCGAUUACUAUUACAGUUCCCGGCCAAGGCGGUGUUCCAAAAACAGUAACUAUUGCCACUAAAGGCAGUCCACAAGCUAUCUUUAAUCCUGGAAAAAGUCAAAUUGUUACCAUGCCACAAAUACAAAAAACACCAGAGACUGUGACAGUGUCUGGUAAGCCUGUAACGUUACAAAUGUCUGGAGGAAUAGGCGCGAAAACGGUUACUCUCAUGCCUACAAGUAGCACGAUAGUGACUACUUCAAGUGCAUCAGAGACAAUAGAUACGAGUAAAAUGUUAUUUGUCCCAUCACAAAAGCAACCAUCAGCUUCAUUAGCAUCUACAUCUGAUGGACCUGCUACUACUGAUGCCGCAUUGGCUGCGUUAGCUGCAGAGGCAGGUUUAAUAGAUCCAGUUCAAGAGCCUUCUGGUGAUCUAUCCUUCAUGGUCUCUACAGAUGAUGGUGGAGCAGGUGAUAGUAAAAUGGAAGAUAGUUGUAAUGGUGAUGAAACUACCACAGCUGCUGCUUUAGUAUCUCAAAUGGGAGCUGGUGAAACCAUGCAAAUUGAUAGAGACGGUAACUUUCUAAUUCCACAAGUUGAUGGUCCGGCAGAUCUUCUUCUAUCUGAUGAUGAUGAAGAGAGCGAUAAGAUUGAUUUAACGGAAAAUCCGGUGUUAGAAAAUCAAGAAGACUCGCAAGUUGCAGAUUCUGCAAGUAUGGAGCAAGAUACAGAUGCUACAUCAGCAGAAGCUGUUAAUAUGGACGAAUCUUCCAUGAAAGAUCCAGAAACCUCAUUAGAGGGAGCUUCUGAACUUCCUGUUUCUACAAGUGCUACAGAAGAUAUGCCAGUAGAUCCAGAACCGUCUGUUGAUGCUCAGCCAGAUGAAAAUGAAAUACCUAUUGAAGUUUCUAAUGAUCCAGAAACAGUAAAUGAAACUGAUAUGCAAGAUAUAAAUGAAGCAUCAGCUGAAGAAGCACAAGUAAAACCUGAAAUAUCUAGUAUGCAGGAUCCAAUAGAAGCUUCAUCAGAGGAAGCAUCUAUGCCAGAUGCUAUGGAACUACCAGAGAAUGAUGAAAAUGAACAGAUUGAAAAUAAUGAUAUAAAAUUAAUGGCAGUAGAUACAUAUAAUUCUGAGCCUGAGAAACCAUCUGUUUCUGAACAUUUAUCACCUGAAGAUAGUUUAUCACAGCUUUCUCAAAAAGAAAAUCAAGCUUUAGAAAAAAUCGAAGAUGAGGCUGUGGAACCAGCAACGGAUCCUCCUGAAGGAACUCCAAUGGAAACAUUAGAAGACAAUGAUGAACCAAUGAUUACAGAUUCUUGUUCAACUUCUACCACUGUCAAUAUUCCAAUCACAACAUCUAUCAUGCAAAUAAAGUUAGAACAAUCUGAUGAGCCAAUGAAACAAGAUAAGAUUGCAGAACCGCCAAUUUCAUCUAUUAAUAAUGUUGCAAUUCUUGAGAAAGAAAUGGACAUUCAAAAGUCAGUAGUUCCAAUAAAGAUGGAGAUAAAAGAUGAAGUUAUCAAAAAAGAAAAUUUAAAACAAGAAAAAAUGAAUGGUACUAGAGCAGAAAAUGGAGAUGAUUCCACGGCAUUAACUACAUUGGCUACAGCUGCUUUAGGUUCGGCGGAACAACCAAUGAAAAUAAAGGCUGAACAGACUGAAAAAGAAAAGAAAGAAGAAGAAUGGUAUGACGUAGGAGUAACGCAGGAAUCGCGAUUUACUGUACAACAUUAUUACUUACCUAAUGAUGAACCUUUAGAUAUAACGCAACCAUUAACUAUGGAUGUUUUUGAAGGAAGAACCAAGGUUCCUUUAGAACAGGGAACCAUUUAUAAACUUAGAAUUGCCGCUGUGAAUAGUUGCGGGCAAAGUGAUUGGAGUGAGGUAUCGGCAUUCAGAACAUAUGUUCCGGGAUUCCCCGGGGCACCUAGUGCUAUAAAAAUUAGUAAAACGGCAGACGGUGCUCAUAUUUCAUGGGAACCACCACCUAACAGAAAUGAUGGACCCAUUUUAGAAUAUUCUGCCUAUAUAGCAAUGGCAAAUACUGCGUCAAAUAAUAACGGAGAACCAAAGACAACAUCGUCGAAUUCGAAUCUAACAUUUACAAAAUUUUAUUGCGGUACAAAUAAUUCCUGUUCGGUGUCCAAUAGUUCCCUUAGUGCCGCUUAUGUUGAUACUACUCGAACACCGGCCAUAAUAUUUAGAAUAGCAGCACGAAAUGUUAAAGGAUACGGACCAGCCACACAAGUUAGGUGGUUACAACAAGCGUCUGUAUCAUCAUCAGAUCCAACUAAUUUUAUGGAGAAUAACCCUCAAGUGAAGAGACGUGGUGUAAAUAUACGCUUGCAAGCAAGUUCUCCACAGAAGAAGGUGAAACUAAAGAGACCAAGUAGCUAACUUUUCGUGAGCUUGUUUUCCUUGACCUCUUACAGCCCAAAUAUCCAAACAGCGCUAUUCAUUAUUUAAUUUCCGCUGGUACACACGCCUAACAACGAUGAUGAAACAGUAUAUUCUUCGAAUAAACGACAUAACAUGCGAGUAAAUGUAAGAGAUGAAUGCACGAUAUAGAGCAAUGGAAAAAGGUGUCCAUAGCUACAUUGAGGUAUAAACAUAAGAGUUAAAAAAAAAAGUAUUUUAAGUGUUCUAUACAUGAAUACAAGGUCUUUCUAUACUGCGUUUUCUGACUCACCGUUAUUCUCCUAUUCCUUCGCAGAUGCGUGACAUUUUUCUGUAAAGAUAACACGAGUACUGUUAAUAAAUGGCAAGGUGGUUAUUUUCAAAUUAAAGAAGUUUUUCCACGUUUAUAAAUACGUUCCAUAAACGUUAUAAUAUACCGAUGAUACUUGCAUCAACACUUGCAUCACUUUUUAUGAUAUAUAAUUUCAUCUAAAACUGACCACCUUCAUUUUUAUUUUUUAUUAAAUAAAUUUAAUUUAGCUACGAGUUAUAAUAAAAUGAUAAAACGAAGUAGUCGUUUGAUUUGUACGAAAGCUUUGUUUUUAACAAAAGCGUUGUUCGAAUUUAUUUUAAAUUAUUUUACUUGAAAGCUCUUAAUUUUUACUGGAAUAUAUAUACGUACAAAUACUGUAAUAUGGAAUGGUAUGGAAGUGUGGAAAACUUCCUGUUACCUUUAAAUAUUUAUUGUAUAUAUUGCAAUUGGAAAUGUUUCCUUUUAAUUCUGUUUAUAAUUAUCUUUGUUGAAAUUUUGUCGAAUUUUUGCAGCAGGAUGCAAGUAUAACAAAAAUUUUGUUGAUAUCUUUUUCUGUACAAAAUAUCGGUGCUACGUUUUAUUUUCACUACUUUUGUUACUGCCAAUCGCAAAAGAAAAUAUACAUAUAUAAUCAACAUAUGAAAGGAGCACAUAAUGUAAAAUUGUUUUAAAUUUGCUUUGAAAUUUUGUUGUUUCUUUCAACGAUGAAGCAGAGAUAUUUUGUAAAAAAAAAAAAAGGAACAUUAUAAGUUUAUAGAAUUAUACAUGCAAUUCGUAAAAAUUAAAAUUUCGUUUCAGAUGUUGAUGUUUUGGAAAGUAAAGAAUUUGAACAAAGUUAAUAUUUUUAUAUGGCAACGAAAUAAUUAUUUGAAUAGUCUAUCAUUAUAAUAUAUUAUGUCUAUCAUUAUGAUACAAACUUUAACCUUUUAAGAUACUACUAAGUCAAGGGAUUAGUAUAAAAUGAAAUUUAUAGAGAAAAUAAAUAAAGUAAUUAUACAUCAAUUUGUUUAGAAAGAAAAUAUAUCUUUAGUUUUUUUUAACGUAAUAUAUUUUAAUUAAAAUGUUAAAGUAACUUUUAAAACAAGAGUUGGUAAAAGCCAAUAAAUUACAAAAAAAAAUAAUAAGUUUGAUCUAUACAUAUACAUAUAAUUUCAUAGAUGGCUUGGGGCUAUGUUGAAACUGUAAUAAUUUAAGCGCACAUUUUAUUUUUAGAUUAUCAAUACAACCUUUCUGUUAUUUGCUUGUAGCUUAAACAUUAACAUAGCGUUUUAAACCCCUAAUAUGUUAUGCUAAAAAUUUACAUUAACAAUACUUUAUAAACUAGCAUAUUCAAGAUGUGGUAAAAGAUUAAUGAAACUUUUAGAACUAAUAACUUUACUUUAAUUUGGUAUAUUAGUAUUAAUCACAAUUUUUUUUCAUUUGAUCCAGAUAAUGGAUCUAGAUCUAUUUAAUGCGUACUAAAUGCGUCAAAAUUGUAAUACAUUAAGAAAUUAUAUUUAACUACAUGAGAUUGCGUUCGAUAAUUAUCCGAUGACGCAAAAUAAUAUUAUAAUUAAUAAAAAGUUAUUAGUUCACUCAUCUUGUUUCGUAAGUUUUGUUAACAAGAAAUGACAAUAGAUCGUAUUAGAAUAUCAAUUCACAGCUAUUAUACACAAAAGCUAUUAUUCUGCAAAUGAAAUAUUUUGAAAUGUACAUGGUAUGAUAUUCUGUUCUAUCCAAAUGUAUUGAAACAAUAUCAAUAAUAUUCAAAUAUAUUGAAAGAAACUAUGAAUAAAUAUAGAAAAAAAAAUAUAUCUGACACGAAAUACUCGUUAUUUCACUAUAUAGCAACUUUUAUAACAUGAAUGUGUACUUACACUGUAGAUACAUGCAUCUUCAAACUAACUGUAACUAUACUAAAA